AUGUCUGAUGAAGAAUCAUUAUUUGAUUCGAGUGGUUAUUUUGAUAUAUCAAUACCACUGAGCCUGCUGCUAGGAUUUGCUGAAGAUUAUAAAAAAAUAAUUAUCAAUGCAAAACAUGAACUUAUUUUAAUAAGAGCAAAUAGUGAUGUGAAUGCCUGCCUACAAGAACAACCUGCGGAAGGAAAAAGUGGCGAAAAAAUACAAAUUAAACUUCAAAAAGUGGAAUGGAUUGUUCCAUAUAUCAAAGUGUCCGAUAAGCAGAAAAUUCAACUUUUAAAUUACAUUGCCAAGGAUCCAUCCAUAGCAAUCAGUUUUCGUACAUGGGAAUUGUACGAGUAUCUACUAUUACCUGCAACUACAAAACAAAAUUGGAGUGUGAAAACAUCAACACAAUUGGAAAAACCGAGAUACAUAAUUUUAGGCUUCCAAACAGGACGAAAAAACUCUGUAACAAACAAUUCAAGUGUUUUUGAUCAUUGUAACUUGCGUGAUGUUAAGCUGUUUUUAAAUUCACAAUCAUAUCCUUAUGGAAAUUUAAAUAUUGAUUUUGCUCAUAAUCAAUUCUCAUUAUUAUAUGAUAUGUUUGCAUAUUUCCAAGCUUCCUACUAUUACACAGAAACACCACAACCAUUAUUUACAAGACAAAAAUUUUUGGAAGAAGCUCCACUUAUUGUCAUAGAUUGUUCAAAGCAAAAUGAAUUUUUAAAAUCUGGACCAGUAGAUAUUCGACUUGAAUUUGAAUCAACAACACAAUUUCCAGCUCAAACAUCAGCUUAUUGUUUGAUUUUACAUGAUCGAAUUGUUGAAUAUAAUCCAAUUAGUGGUUCAGUACGCAAGCUCGUUUAA